AUGAAGAUGGAACGAAUGAUGUUACUGAUAAUCUCUCCUUUACUGAUCUCCACAAUCCAGCUUCCAUCGACUGUAGCUGAUGGAACCGUCUUAUCGGCUAUAUUAACUCCAAAAAAUGGUGAAACAUUGCAACGCCAGGAGAGAAGUUAUUACGAAAGAUAUGGAGCAAGAAGACCUUUAUACGACAGACUAGAGUACGACAGAUCAUCGUCGUGCCGAAGAUGCGAUGAUAGAUAUGAUGACAGAGAUGACGACAGCGACGAUUACGACAGAGGUCGGGACAGUUACGAUGACGACCGACGAUCAAAUCAUCGACCAACAUCCGGUAGCAAACACGACAAGAACGACUAUGACGAUGACGAUAGAAGGUAUAGCAACGAUAGGAAUAAUGGACAGAAAAAUUCAACAGAAGAUGGAAAUGACAACGAUAAGAGGAGGCCUCACGAUGACAAAGACAGACAUAGCGGAGGGAGAAGGGGUAACAGGAAUAGAAAUAGACACGAUGACAGAGAUAGAUACAGGCCUGACUAUUACGAUAGAUUCCUACGGGACCCCUAUAGAGAUAGAUAUGACAGACCGUACUAUGACGAUCCUUAUAGAGAAAGGAGGCCGUAUUACGAUAGAUAUUACCCAGAGCCAAAUAGAUACGAUGACAGAUACGGAAGUAGAUACGACGGAUAUGAAUAUACAGGUUACAGGAGGCCUUAUUAUGACGAUCGCUAUGAUAGAGGCGGCACGUAUAAUGACCCAUAUGGAGGCUACGGACCCGGCGUUGGAAGGGGACAGCAUGACAGUUUCAGGCCCUGGGACGAGACGUACCGCGGUCAGGCGGGCUGGGACGCCGGAGGCCGCGGGUAUUACUUCGCGUCCGGGAGACCUGAAACUGGGCCCAGUCAGUACUGGGGACGUCCUGAAUAUUCGAGGCCACAAUCAAGCGGAUGGCAGAGUGUUGGAUACUCGAGCGGAAAUAGAGAUCCAGUAGAUUACCGCAGCUCUUUCGGUUACGCUCAGACGGGUGGGUACCGUCAGGACUUAAGUUCGGGAUACGGGCAAGCAAGUGGAUGGCAGAGCGUUGGAGAGAGGAGACCGUACCGAGAUCAAAGUGGUGUGGCCCAGCUAGACAACAAUGAGAGUGAUGGAAAUCGAUAUGGCCAAGGCAUUGGUCGUCAACCAAGUUACAGUCAACACAGCAAUUAUCCAGCCAAUUCAAAUAAUUACGGUUUGAGCAGCACCACCAGCUAUUUGUACGAGCGCGAGGACAGCCAAGUGACAGUUACACCAGCUAAUGAUACAAAUCAGGCGACAUCUUAG